UGUUGGUUUUCAAAUGAAGAGUACCCUGAUCAGGUGACAACUAUAAUGGCGGACACAAUAUUGCAGACAGGGGUACCAAUUUGAAACUUGUGUGUAUAACUUGUGUUCAAAUUAUGUUGCAUGGAUUAUUUUAUACCAGAUCAAAAGAAAAAUUAAUUAGAAACAUUUUAAAAUAAAAGGUGUGAAAUUGCAAACGCAAAACGAAUAGGGCGGACACUACACAUAAUCUGAUCUGGCAAGGAGUUGCAGGACGGACUAUCAGAUCUGUUGCUAAACACGUUAACAAUAAUCCAGACAUUUGCAGAUAUGUCAAACAGAUUAAGGUGACGAGAUCCAGUGAUUAUGUGUAGUGGAUAUAGAGCACCCAAUCAAGACUUUACGGCAGACCUUCUUGAGAGAUUACUACCAGUUCACCACAGAGAGAAGAUUCGCAACAAGACAAUCCUUAUUGAGACAAGGGAAACUGAGCAACAUAAUCAGCACACUGCUCUUGCCCGAUUGAACCAGGAGGUGGCAGCUGUUAUUGGGGAUGGACAUUGUCGCCGAAAUGUAACUGGCGAUACUGAGCGCUAUUUUAGAUUACAAUGACACUGCAUACCUUAUUUUGUCGGCUUUUUGUAGCUGCCUUGCCCCGGUUGGUGCCAAGAAAAUCAUUUUGUUUGGUGUUAAUCGCUCAAGGCAGACAUGUAUCUAGUGUCACGGGUGCAAAGAAUGGCACUGAUAUUCCAACAAACAAUAUCUAUAUUUGUCAUCAGUGCGAAUCAAAUGGAAAAAUGGAGAUGUUUGAUUAUGUACUAUUAGAUUAAGUAAACAAUAUAGGAUUAUUAUCCCCCGUUAAAGGUGUAGGGAUAUAGAUUUGGCGUUGUCCGGCUGGCUGUUCGUCCGUCCGUCCGAAAUAAAAAAUGUUAAUAAUUCAAAAAGUAUUUUAGCUAUACUCGCCAAACCUCAAAUAAUUAUUUACGGCUGCUAAUCGCGCAAUUCCAGCACCACUGGUGCUCCGCUUCGAUGGAACUGCGGCACUUCCGGUGAACGAUUUGCGAAGGGAAUAUCGACAAAUUUACGGUCAGUGGUUUCUUUUUCUAUUUGAAACACUAUAUCAAAAAUCGGGCUUCGUAGUUCGACCUGUAUAUAAACAAAGACUUGUCCUGGAAAAUACCGUCUUAAUUAGUGGAAAAAUGACCGAGGUACGAUGAAAAUUCUGCACUCGCAGUGACCCAAACUUUGCCCAAAGGAAUCACAAUGCUGUAGAUAAAUGUUAUUUUCUUGAUUAUUUACCCAUUCCAAAGCAUGAAAUAGCAAAAAACCCAAGCUUACUUAAAAUCGUAUUUUCCUUACAAAGAGAGCACAGACAUGGAUGAAAUAAGUCAAAAUAGAACUGGUGCUCCAAUUGAGAUAGAAUUGCGCAUAUACUUUUUGUGAAAUAAUAUCAAUCAUAGAUAAUAUGAUAACAGUUAGAGACUUUAGAUCCGGGAUGCUUCACUAGUAGCGGGAGAUAGCGAAUAUUGUUUUUACCACCAAUACGUAAUUAUUUAGUGUUAGUUAAAAUGGUAAUCGUCCCUGUAGAAAUCAGAGGCCAUUAAACCUGUAUUCAUUUUUUUCAGGCAUGGGGUUGUUUAAAUUCAAAACGAAAGGCCUGCGGCUGUGACGGAAAAAACGAUCAACAUAUCUUUUAAAAAGAAAGCCACAUGUCUUCACAGCAGGGAAAUCUCCGUUUCGAAAGAAAAUUUAAGUCUCAAACUCACAAAUAAAUACACCUAGCCCAGCAAAAAUUUCAUUCAAAGACACCAAUCAAGUCAUCAAGAAAACAAAUUACAUUUUUAGUCAAGAUGAUUUUCAUGAUCAUGCCCUAAGUAGACUUUCAAAAGCAGUGAAAUUAAGAAAAACUUCAAGAACUCCGAUGAAAUCAAUAACCAACGAAAAUUCAAGCAAUGCGAAAAUCUGUGUUAAUUUUAAAAUGCCUGUCGAAAUUCUAAAUGAUCUCGGUUGCACUGAUGUAAGUAUGUAUGAAGAAGAAAUGUUUACUGACACACGAGAAGAGGACAUUACAGAUCAAGAUGUUAAAGAUAGUCCAUUGAUAUCUCUAUAACCCGCUGUGAUUCAGGAGUUGCCUUUAAAUGGAAAGCUGCAUAUUCUAGAGAAAUUCUUUCGUCUGGUUAAGGAAAAGAAGUUUCCUUUGCAAAAUAUUGCGUUUCUGUUGUGGUCAGACGUUGUGAACUGGUUUGAUCACACUGAUACACGUCAAAUGUGAUAUUCAUCCGGAGCACUGAAGUUUUUCUGGGUUGGGAAAAAAAUGUUUGGUGGGAGAAUUAUGCGUUUCAUGUCCUAAAUGAAAAAUGAGACGAAUUUACUUCAAGGUUUAAUAAACUUUGAUCCGCAUGAUGCUCGUAUAAACUUUGCAUGUCCUUGUGAAUACAUUUUAUCGUCGAUAAAUCCUCUAGGAAAUGAACUUCCGCUUGAGUACAAACCUGGAAUCCUAGAACCAACGAUUAAAUUCAAGACAGAGAAAGAUGAUAACAGUAACUCUUAUGUAUUAAUGGUAGAUGGAAAGAAAAUUAAAUGAGGUACUGACGUUGAUUUGUUUGGAUUUGAAAAUAAGGCCAAACUGAAAGACAGAAUUGAUGAAAGGGAUAGAGGGCUUGAAUUAAUAAGACAGUCUCGAGAUGUUAUAGGAAAUGCUCAGCCGCAUGCAGAAACUGUCGCAGAUACACCAAGUGAGUCGAAAGGUAUAAUACUAACACAACUUAAUUGUUUAGUAAUGUUGUUCUCUGGUGUUAUUAGAGGUUUAAGAGAACUUAAGUUAAAGAAAGAAUCCUCUUUAAGGAAAUUGAAAGAAAUGUCUGGUGAUGACUGGAGAAAAUCAAAGUAUGCAUACGCUAUUGAUAUGUGUAUGACAACUAUUUGGCGAGUCAAUAAUGUGAUAGAAAAGACGCUCUUGAUUCAGAGAUGUAUUUGUGAAACUGGUGCUCAUCUUAAUAAGGCAGCACACCUGUUUGUGAAAUCUGACGUGGUAGAUUUUAACAGAUAGAUCAAUCUGAGAAUUUUGAAAUCGCCAGAGAUUUUACCACCCGGAACCGAUAUGACCAAUGUUUCUAUCAUAAAGCAACGGACGACCAUUUGGCACGAAGAAAGAAAUAAAAUGAAAGUUACAGGUAGCUCGAUAUUUCAAGCAAUUGGUUGCGACACAUUAAAAAGCCAAAAGGAACAUUUUGGCAAAGUGGUCAAUGGAAUGCAACCAAUGAAAUCUUCAGAUAUACAACAGCAGGCUAUGCAGCACGGCACUGAAAGUGAAAUCCAUCAAAUUGCAACAAUGUGCGGGGUCAUCAUGCCCUUCCUCUUUCCCGAUCUCGUGUUUAACGAGGAGGGAUUUUACAAAAGCGAUGGCAAAAUCGUUUCGCCUGACCGCAGCUUGAAAAAUAGUGAUCAGGUUGCAGAGUACGCAUUUGAAGGAAAGGCGCCAGUUGAAAAAACUUUUACCACUACAGUUCAUUACAAAGUCCCAUCCCGCUAUGUGACUCAAACCAUUUUUGAGCAGAAGGUGUUGAACGCAAAAGGUGGAACGUUAUACAUGUCAUGGACACCAAAAAGUUGUUCAUUAUUCAAGCUUCUACCAGACGAAAAGAUAUGCGAUUCUGUUUUGGAAGAAAUCCAUCAAGUGUACAUGAAAGACAACCCAAAAUGGCCAACAAGAAUAUCGGAACAAGCUAGGCAGAUUAAAAAAGAUCUAACUAAAGCCUCUGAAAUUACUAUCUUCCUUGGAGAAUUUCCUUCUGUUCAAGGGCGUUUUCAAGAUAACCCCCAGGAUUCAGAUAACACUUCUCCAUAUGUUAUCCCAAAUACAAAAGAAAUACUUGUAUCUCCUUUGACUUACGAUGACCUCCAACGUCACUUGCUUCUUGGAGAAGAAGUAAUUAAAGAUGCAUAUGAGUUCAACCGAGAAAUAGCUUCACAGGUUGUUGUAUAUUUGAUUGCAGAUUUAAAUAGACUCUGGAAAAAAGAGGAACCUCAUGCUGUGCCAGUGACAUAUUUUUACCGGGGUCACAGCUUGUCUAUGGAUAUUAUGAGAAAAAUAACAGAGUCAUGUAAAGAUGUAUGCAGAUCUAAUGGCUUAGACAUUGUAGCGUCCGCCGCCGAUGGAGAGUUUACACCAAUAAUAGUAAGGGGCCGGCAAGGAAAUCCGCUGACGCAACAUCAACUUGCAAAAGAUGUAUGGAAGGAAGUCUGUCUGCUCACAAAAUCUGAAAUACUCAAACGACUUGUAGCAGAAACGCAGAAUUUCACAGAAAGUCGAGAACCGUGGCCUGAUAGAGACAAUCCAGGUGAAAUUAGAGAUGUCCGUUGCGUUAGAAGUGAAGGCCGCACAUUGGAAAGAGUACAAACACCAGUGAAAGGGUGGAUACAGGAGAAAACAAUGGGCAAAAACAGACAACAAAUCAAGAUAAUAGAAUCGGUAUCUUUAGUUCAAGAAAAUACAGUUUGUGAGAGCACACAAGUAGACGAAGUUAAUGAUGGUGGUCCACAUGAAGAUGGUUAUCCAAUAAAUCAUAAUAGUCACGCUGAAAACCAGAUCAAAGAAGCAACUUCUAAUGAAAUCAAUGAAAUGUCACAAUCACCAGAAUUUAUUACAGAAGUUGCCAAGCUGCUAAUUGAAAAAAAAACAAGAACAAGAGGUCAUCAGUUUCUAAAGAUACUCUAUCUCAGUAUUUCUUGUCGGCAGAAUCGCUAA